AAAUUUUAAAAGUUUUGUAUCUAUAACUAUUUUAUUCUCAAACAUUUAAAGUGUUAUGUCCUUGGCACCAUAACCACUUAUUGUAAAUAACUGAAAACAGAAUCAUUUUUUAAAUUUUCUAUGCUAUUGAUAACUUAUGUUAUUUCGCCAAGCAUUGUUUAAUUUUAUAUUCAAACAAAAUUAUUUUUACAGGAUUGCUUGUGACUAUGCGUUGAAGCUAAAGAUGCAUGGCGUGUUAACUAUCUGUCUAUUCUCCACAGCACUCCCUGUUGCUGCAAUAUUUGAAAAGCCGUAUCGAUGUGGACACAGGACGCUACAACAAAUUUCUUCAUCAUUGUUUCAAGUUAAAGAAACGAUUUGUGGUCAACGCAUACCUUCUUUAGUUUGGUAUUUGGAUGGCAAAUUGAUAGGUAAUGGUACAGCAAGGGAAAUAGAAAAGCAUAAAUAUGUGUUUACAAAGACGUUUAAAGAUAUGACUGCGUGUGGUAGAAACCUCAGUUAUGUUAUCACAAGUUUUGAUGGCUACACCGCCACGUAUUAUGCAACACUCUCAUUCAACUGGACACCACCUGUUGUGCGCUUCUCAGUGAAUGUGAAAGAGAAUUGUAUUUUCUUGACAUGGAAGGAACCACGAACAGGGCUAUGUGCAGUAUCCUACAGCGUCACCCUGUAUGGGAAAAACGAUGUUUUGGUUUAUACACACUUUAAUCUCAGUCAAGUGAAGGAAAGUUUCAAGUAUUGCUCGCAGCUCCUUCGAACUAUUAAUGACAUUAAAACAGUUGGCUUGCAGGCUGUUUACAAAGAUAAUUUUGGGAAAGUAAACCGACGCCAUGUUCACUUUGAAGAAGAGCAUGGCCAUGUGCACUACGUCCCCCCAACUGAUAUUCUGGUGAUUUGCAUAAUGGCGGUCUUAGCUGUGGUUGUGAUUGCAUACAUUGCAUCAUAUUAUGUCCUAAAAAAGAGAAAUGCAUAUGUUAACCGCAAUAUCGCCUUAAAAAAUAUAAAAGAAGAGAUACCGUUCAUAGAUGUUGAAGAUACUGAGCAAACUAAAGAAGAUGCCAGUAUGUGAUGAGCAUGCUGUUGAACGUUACGUUGAAUUGUAAACUUAUGCGUCCAUCAAACGAAAUUAGAAUUUUAUUAAAACCAUUUGCUCGCCUUGACCGAACAGCCUGUUGUUGGACAAUCCGAUGUCAAAUGUCUAGUCUAAGAGUUGUACCAUAAGAGCCAUAUUUGUUGUAAAUACCGCCUGCUGACGUGU